AUGUCUUUCCACAGGAUUCACCCGGAGGCCCAAAGGAUUCUGGGUAACUCCAGAAUCCCCGUAGUGGUAAUGGAGCGUCUGAACAUCCGGUCCCUGUCCUGUCUGCAGCCGGUCGUCUCUCUGGUGCGUCUGCCCUGCCCAACACCAGCUGAGCUCCACAAUAACACGUCCUGCUCACAUCGUCCUCAACAGAAUGGAUUCAGUCACCAUGAGGAAAACAUUUUGGAGAUAAAAGAAGAGACACCUCAGUGCGAUCUAAUCCAAACAGAAACCUCUCAGCCCUCCUGGACUGAGCCGUACUGUCCCGACCUCUCGCCCUCCAGAGAGCCAGAGAGGGACUCCGGCUUCGACUGUGACUCUAAUCCGGAUCAGCCGUACAUCCUGUUUGAUUCUGGAUCUGAGGAAUGGGACCUGGACGUGAAAACAGAGUCAGAAACAUUUUAUCUGGAUUCAGAUCUAGAGCACAGCCUGGUGAUCGAACUGGAUCCAGAAGAACCAGAAGAAGCUGAGCCGGAUGUGAAGCUGGAGGAAGAAGCAGAAGCAGAGCCGGAUCUGAAGCUGGAGGAAGAAGCAGAAGCUGAGCCGGAUCUGAAGCUGGAGGAAGAAGCAGAAGCAGAGCCGGAUCUGAAGCUGGAGGAAGAAGCAGUAAUUAAAUGUGAAGAAGUAAAAAUGGACGACAGUGUAGAUCUUUGUUGCUCACAGGAGGAAGAAGUGUCAUCGCUGCAGAAACCUGGACCUUUAGGAGUGGAGGAGAGUGAGGACUUCUGCGGUGUUUGUCUGAACGGAGGAGAGCUGCUCUGCUGCGACCGCUGCCCCAAAGUCUUCCACCUGAUCUGUCACAUACCUCCACUCACCUGCUUCCCUCUAGGGGACUGGGUGUGUUCCCUGUGCAGAACUGAGCAGGAUCCUGAAGAGAGCUACGCUUGUGAGAAGCAGCCCUCCUGUGGGGGAGUCAGAGCUCCGUACACCCUCUCCCCCCAGAACCAGAGGAGGUGUGAGAAGUUGACUCUGCUGUUGUACUGUCACACACUCAGCGCUCCGUUUCAUGAACCUGUCAGCACGCUGGCCAGAAACUACUACCAGAUCAUCCGGAGGCCCAUCGACCUGUCGCUGAUGCGCAGGAAACUGGACAAGAGCAACACGCUGCACUACUUCAGCGCCGAGCAGUUUGUGGACGACGUGCUGCUGAUGUUCAAGAACUGCUCCAGGUUCAAUUACCCCGACUCAGAGGUGGCUCAGGCCGGUCGCAGUCUGCAGGAGUUUUUCUCAAGCAAACUGAAGGAGAUUUUUCCCGACCGGACGUUCCCAUCGACCGGCCUCCAGCGAGCCAACAGAGCUGAGCUUCUGAGGGUCUGCAGGAGGAGGAAGGAGGACCACAGGAGGAGGAGACAUGUGUUCAGUGGGAAGAAAUACUACCUGUAACUAGUUUUGAUCAUAAAGCUGCCCUGAAGCCUUGUUCUUUUGUACUA